AAAAAAUUGAGGUGGGAGAUUCGAUCAAGAAAACGAUAGAAGCUCCGGGCUGCCACCAUAUUUCGUGGGACUUUUUCGACAUCGCCGUAAACGCCUUUACUCUAGCGGAUACAGCUCCCCACGGGUGGACAAGUCACAGUCAAAAUGGAUUCAUUGAGUGAGUCCUGCACAGUUUUGUUAAUGAGGGGCGAGGGGUAGCUAACGAGGGGACAGAUUUGGAUGUGUCGAAUGGUAAUUGCGACGACUUGCCAUGAUGGUGAUUCUCAGCUAACAACAACAGCGGCGGUAAUGAAGGAUGAGCAAGGCCGACCUUUCAUUGUCGUCAGGGAUCAGGGGAAGAAGAAGCGCCAGUUUGGCAACGAAGCCGUCAAGUCCCAUAUUCUCGCCGCUCGAACAGUCGCCAACAUUGUCAAGUCCUCUCUCGGACCUCGUGGACUCGACAAGAUUCUCAUCUCCCCCGAUGGAGAUAUCACCGUGACGAACGAUGGCGCUACGAUUCUACAGCAGAUGGAGAUUACAAACCACGUUGCUAAGCUACUAGUGGAGCUUUCCAAGUCACAGGAUGACGAGAUUGGUGACGGUACCACCGGUGUCGUUGUCCUCGCCGGUGCUCUGUUGGAACAGGCUGCCGAUCUUAUCGACAAGGGAAUCCACCCUAUUCGAAUUGCCGACGGUUACGAUCAAGCUUGCGAUAUCGCUGUUGCUGAGCUGGACAAGAUUUCAGACACCAUCGAGUUCUCCCGAGAAGAGACCUCCAACCUUGUCAAGGUCGCCCGAACAAGUCUGGGCAGCAAGAUUGUGUCCAAAUCUCAUGACCAGUUUGCCAACAUCGCCGUUGAUGCCGUCCUCUCCGUUGCCGACCUUGAGCGAAAGGAUGUCGAUUUCGAGUUGAUCAAGGUUGAUGGAAAGGUCGGAGGAGCCCUCGAGGAUACCCUUCUCGUCAAGGGUGUCAUUGUCGACAAGGACUUCUCUCACCCUCAGAUGCCUUCAGAAGUCCGAGACGCCAAGAUUGCCAUUCUCACAUGCGCAUUCGAGCCCCCGAAGCCCAAGACCAAGCACCACCUGGAUAUUACCAGCGUCGAGGAGUUCAAAAAAUUGCAAAACUAUGAGAAGGAGAAGUUUAUUGAGAUGAUCCAGCAGAUCAAGGACACAGGCGCUAACCUGGCUAUUUGCCAGUGGGGUUUCGAUGAUGAGGCCAACCAUCUCCUCCUUCAGAACGAGCUACCAGCCGUCCGAUGGGUCGGUGGUCCUGAGAUUGAGCUGAUUGCUAUCGCUACCAACGGCCGAAUUGUUCCCAGGUUUGAGGAUCUUACAGCCGAGAAGCUGGGCAGUGCUGGUAUCGUCCGUGAGAUGACUUUCGGCACAACACGGGAGAAGAUGCUUGUCAUUGAGGAGUGUGCCAACACCCGGGCUGUUACAGUCUUUGUCCGAGGCAGCAACAAGAUGAUUAUCGAUGAGGCUAAGCGAUCGCUGCACGAUGCCCUUUGCGUGGUGCGAAACCUGGUCCGCGACAACCGUGUUGUUUACGGUGGUGGCGCUGCUGAGAUUGCUUGUUCUCUGGCUGUUGAGGACGAGGCCGUCAAGACACCCGGUCUUGAGCAGUACGCUAUGCGUGCCUUCUCCGAGGCUCUCGAUACCGUCCCCAUGACCCUGGCCGAGAACAGUGGUCUCAACCCUAUCGCUACUCUGGCAGAGGUCAAGAGUCAGCAGGUCAAGGCUGGUCCUGAGGGCCGAGGAAAGCUUGGUGUUGACUGCAUGGGACGCGGAGACAACAACAUGAAGGACGCCUUUGUUAUCGAUCCUCUUAUCGGCAAGAAGCAGCAGCUUCAGCUCGCCACACAAUUAUGUCGCAUGGUCCUCAAGGUCAACAAUUCCUCUGAGUCUGCGGCAUCCGCUCAGCUAGGUUCCUUAGCCGACUCCGAUACUUCUACUGUCGUCACCAAGAGGCGUCCUAUCCCUCGAAAAGGCCAUACCAAGUCUCGGGCAGGUUGCUCUAGUUGCAAACGGAGAAGAGUAAAAUGCGACUUGACCACACCAGAAUGCGGUGCCUGCGAGCGCUUAGGCCUGGAGUGCGAAUACCUGAAUAAGACCAGACAUGGUAGUCAAAACUCAGCGGUUGUCAUCUCACAACCACUGCGAACUGACCCGGUUAUGUUCGAUUACAAUGAUCUGAACUUCUUUCGACAUUUCCUCUUUGAAGCCUAUCCUCCUCUGCCCAUAGAUGGAUUCACAGUGUGGCAAAUGGCCUCACAGCGUUCACAUUCAUACGAUUUCUUACUGCACUCUAUGCUUGGACUUGGAGCAUCUCAUCUAAGUUUACUAACACCUCAUGGGUAUGAGAAAGCGGCAUUGAAGCAUCGAGUUCUUGCUAUUAGUGCCUUGAAUAAGCACCUUGCAAAACCUGGUCUCACCAAUCAAGACGCCGAAGCAGCUUUUGGGGCGAUGCUUAACUUGACCUUUCAAUCUGCGUAUAUGAACGACGGGCUCAUAGACUUUCUCACGAUGGUCAGAGGUUGCUGGCUCGUCGGUACACAACCUUAUGUCGAUCUAGAUCAUACCAUCUUCAAGACAUUCGGGCGUGUAAGUUACCUCAAAAGAAUUAAGGCUCUAAUACAAGAUGGCCAUGAAACGAAUCAUUAUCUGGAUAAAGUUAUUGCCGAGGGAUUCUGUCAAAGUGUGCAGAAGCUUGGUCCGCUGUGCCACAGCGUUGCUGAGUUAAAAUACUUAGCCCAUAUGCAAAGAAUUGCCACUCUAGCAUCUACAAACCCUGCAGAAAGCUACCAUGAGCUCACAUUCCUGUAUGAUGGGCUUGGAAACCUAAGCAGUAACGACUUUGCUUCGUUCAUCGACCCCACGAAUCAUGCUUCACAGCUCGUUAUCCUGCACAUGCUGGUUCUUGAGUUUGUCAUGAGCAGGAAAUCAGUCGAAGGAGACAAGAGAUCUGCAUUGGGGAAGAAAGGUUACCACUGUAGAAAGGCAAUGUCCAAGGUCUGGGUGCAGCAGAUUCUCCGAAAGCUUCCUGUUGAGUACUACGAAUAUGGCGAGUGGCCCCUGAGGUUCAUCAACAGUCUCAAUUACUCGUUUGACGACGAAGACCAAGUUUGGAAGCCUUUCUUUCUAAGCAAUGCUUUGGAGUCUACAAACACUACUGGGCGUAGUCACGUCUCUAAGACAACUGAACUACUACUACCAAACCAGCCAACCCAACCCAAAUCCGUCUUUCUGCUAUUCAGCACAAUCUCGGAAAGAAUGUUGACGAAACACCUGUCAGAAUCUCCGUAUACUCUUGGUCAACUGGUCGCCCAUACAAAGACUAUUUGUGCCCCUGAGCAAGCUCGAUGGUAUCUUCAGUCCGAACAGACUUAUGCCGGCCGCCAUUUCUUCCAAGAUAUCGACUUGGGUGCCAUCGGCAAGCUUUCGAAAACCCAGAAAAGCCACUCAUGGCUGAAUGCAUAUGUGUCUCUCCCUCCAGCAAACUCAACAACACGAAAGAUGCAACGGGCCUAUCAAGUUAGCUUGCGUUGCGACAAUGACAACUUUCUGCCAACCUCUGGGUGCAUCCUCAACAGCCAUACGAAGAGCAAGAACAUGAAAGCGCCUAAACACGCAAAGGAAAAGAGAAAAGGCGGCGAGUUGAAAUACCAACCCGACUAUGAGAACCUUCACCCCAAUCCUCUCCAUCUCUCCUUGCCAGUUAUCCGAACUUGCGAUACCAGAGCCGCUGCCUUGAAUGAGAAAGGCGAUUACAUCGCAGAAAACAAAUAUCGGGGUAAGGCGACGGCCUGGAAUUCGGAGGAUGCGGUGAUGGGACGGAGGAAGAACGGCGAGGAUCAGACGGCUAAUAAGAAGGUAAUUUCCAGCAGCAAUAAGGACUGGGGCGAGAACCGUUACCAGGCUCGGUACUUGAUCAGAGUGAGAUAUGCAAUGGCAAGGAAGAUUAUGCCAUAG